AACUGAAAUAAGUUACUUCGCCCGACCUACGUAUAACAGUUACUUGAAAUCGUCGACCAUGUCUGUAGAUACAGAGGAAGAUCCGGAUAUUUUGCAAAAUUUCACUGAAGUUUUAGAUGGACUUGCGGAAGAACUCAAAAAACUAUUUGAUUACCGAGAUUUAUUCUUUGAGAACAACCCAAUAGAGUUGGCUCCAGACAAGAAUAAGCUUGUUGACGAGAAGAAAGAAAUCCUAAUUGAAAAAUUCGAAAGCAUAGAUGACAGCCAGAUCCCGUUCUCUCUCCGCGCCAGAUUCCUGUACAUGAAAGGCCGGUGCUACAACAUCAGCACCGGCUACGACGCCCGCGCGACCCAGUGCCUCAGCAAAGCGGUGAAGCUGAGCCCGCAGAUGGUGGACGCGUGGAACGAGCUGGGAGAGUGUUAUUGGAAGAACAUGAAUGUGAAAGAGGCGAAGGCUAGUUUUGAGGGGGCUUUGAAACAUGAGCGCAACCGCCUCUCUCUCCGCUGUCUGUCCAUAAUCCUUCGCCAGGAAACCGGAGACAAGCGAGAAGACACAGCCUCCACCAUCGCCCGGAGCGUAGAUCUCGCCAGAGAAGCGGUGUCCCUCAACACUAAAGACGGAGUGUCUUGGAUAGUGCUUGGAAACGCUUGUUUGUGUCAAUUCUUCCUCGGGGCGCAAGAUCGGGCGAAGCUGAAGCUGUGUAUGAGCGCUUAUAAACAGGCCUUGAGCGACCCGGUGGCUAAGGGGCAGCCGGAUUUGUAUUAUAAUAAGGGGAUUGCAUUCAAAUUCGAAGAAUACUACGCGGAAGCCCUAUCAGACUUCGACUACGCGUGCCGCCUGGAUCCGCCUUGGGAGCUGCCCCGGCAAGAACUAGCCAGACUGAAGCAGUACCUGACGGCCGCGGACGACCUGGCCAGAACGAGAGGCAGGAUAAAGACUAAGCGGCUGCAACAGAUGGUUCAGUCCAUAGACAAGAAGAUGCUGGGCGUGUACGCGACGGCGACCAUAGACAAUUAUGGCAAGAGCGAGCCCGCCUUCAGCCACGCCACCUUCGACCAGCUGGCUGACGGUAAGAACGCGGGCAAAGUUGUGCUGGGCAAAGUUGUCGGCUCCAUACAUAACGAGAACGCGGUGCCGUUCACUUUCGCCAUAGUGGACGCCUCGAUGGAAUGCGUCCUUGUCACGGUGUAUAACUGGGCGGACGGACGGGGGGCCAUCAUUGGGGACUCAGUGGCCAUACCCGAGCCUAAACUUACCACGCACAAACUGGACGGACCCUUAGCCAAGUACGAUUUCAAGUCUAUCCGAGUCAACAACCCUACCCUCCUUCGCGUGAACGGGAAACGAGUCGGCCUCGAACAGUUCGCGUCCACCAAGGUCACCAGCACUUACGAGGUGCACUGACGAACCC